AUGUUGUUGUUGCACGUCACCGCAGUACAAUCAGAAGAAGGUCUCCUAUCCAAUCCCUGGUGCUGCCUCCACCAAGCAUCAAGCAUGGCGACCGCACCCUCAUUGGCAGACGUGAUAGUCGAGUUGGGUUACAACUCGACCGCAACGGCGGGCCGAUUUAAGGACCUGUUGCUGCAAUUCCCAAAGUUGUCUGAGGAAGAGUUGGCUAGGCUGAUUGGCACAGUAGCACAGACACACUCGGGACUGGACGAUGCACAUGGCUUACAGGGUCCCUUCGUAGCUGCCUUCUCCUCCGCCGCGGCCGAAACGGGGCCACUCAGCACCUGGAAUCUUAGCGCAAUUGUGGAAGCUGUACAUGACACGUAUCCUGACCUCAGCUUCGCAGCUGCAAUGAGGAACUUGGACUACCCUGCUUUCAAUCUGCCUGAUCAGAAAGCCUUCCUCGUUCUGCUGACACUGUACUCAAAAUCGACGAAGGAGCUCUUUCCACUUGACGCUGUGAGCGGACGCGUUUGGAAGAAUACAGCUGGCCAGGUCUCGUUCCUGCGCCAUGCUGUGUCUGCUCCGCCAGAAGUUUUCUCGUUUGCGCACUCAAGCCGGAAGCAGGCUCCCGUUGAAGGAUUGCAUGGCCACAAAUCGCCGCUGGGAACGCCAAACCAAUGCUGGCUUUCCUUGGAUCUGCUGGAGGUUUUGUGCCAACUCGCUGAAGUGGGACAAGGCGCGCAAACCCGGUCACUGCUAGACGCUCCCUUGAAAGUCUGCCCGGAGGUCUUGCUCCUUGGGAUGGCUCAACUCAAGGCAAACUAUGGAACCCUCCAGGCGGAAGUCUUCUCAGCCCUGCUGCCAGCCUACCUUGCCAUCCAUCCAAACUCUAGCAUCGUACUACACCGGGUCUGGCCGCUUCAGCGGGAUGCGAUCCUGAAGUGCAUGGUGGAAGUGCAUGGCAAGGACAACAGUCAAGUGUCACGUAUGCUUGACAUAUGCCAAGACCUGAAGGUUCUGCCAACGGUGCUUGACAACACUCCUUUCUCGUUUGCGAUCGACCUUGCUGCCCUCGCUUCCAGGCGCGAAUAUUUGAAUCUGGAGAAGUGGCUCCAGGACGCCACCAAUCUGCACAAGGGCCCCUUCCUUGAGGCCUGCUUGAGUUAUGUGACAGACAAGAGCCCCUCGGAGGGAAACGCAGAGUCUCUCGCAAGGGCUGGUGCUCCAAUCCCUCUCGCUCCUGAGACAGCCGUGCUGUUCUUGAAGGUGAUACACUCGAAUGCAAAGCUUUUGUCACCUGGGAUGGCGGAGAAAGCGCAACGGGCCUUUGAUGCUGCGGCUCAGUCAAAUCCGCGGUUGAGGAACGCAGAACAAACUCCCGCGGAGUCAUUCGCUGCUGACGUUGAGGAAGAGGCAAACUCAUACUUCCAGAAGAUCUACACUGGACAGCACAGCAUCGACGAGAUUGUUGACAUGCUCAAGCGCUUCAGCAAAUCCCAAGUUGCAAGGGAAGGAGAGAUCUUUGCAUGCAUGAUUCACAACCUCUUCGACGAAUAUCGCUUCUUCCCCAAGUAUCCUGACAAGGAGCUGAAGAUCACUGCUGUCCUGUUCGGAUCCCUCAUCUCGCACCAAUUGGUGUCCUCGGUGACUUUGGGACUGGCUCUCCGAUAUGUCCUGGACGCUCUGCGGAAGCCCCUAGAGUCAAAGAUGUUCUCCUUUGGGCUCACUGCGCUCGGCCAGUUUAUGUCCCGGCUGGAGGAGUGGCCUCAGUACUGCAACCACCUGCUGCAGAUCAACCACCUGCGGGAAGCUCAUCCGGAGCUUGUCGUGUUCGUCGAGAAUGCUCUCGAACGCCAUGAGCGACGCACUGCCGCUCCCACGGUCAGCAGCAACAUGCUGUCGCAGAGUCUGGCAGCCACUGGUGCUGACAUUCUGCCAGCCAGUGCGCUACCGGGAGGUGAAACUGAGGCCACCAAAGAUGUCCAGCCAGGGUCGGGCGUGAGAGCAUCGCCUGCCAGGGGGGUUGGCACCGCAGUUGACAGUCAAGCGAUUGGGACGGGGGGCAGCAAGGCCCUAGCUACAGUAGGGGCCAUCACCGUUGAGGACGGGACGGCCAAGCCAGAAGCUACUCAGUCCGAGGGGGACCGUGGAGACGGAGGGGCGGUGGGCGUCGGGACUGGGGUGGGGGCCGGGGGGCAGUCGAACGGGGGCGGCGAAGCGGGAACCAAGGCUGGAAGUGGAGCACCGCCAACGACAGGGUCAGCAGCAGGCGCUACGUCAAGAGCAGUCUCGCGUCCAGGAAGCUCGCAGGGUCAAUCGCGGCAGCCGCAGGGCGGUUUCGGGCAUGCUCUGAACAUCGAGACUCUUAUGGCCGCAGCAGAGAAGCGGGAUGGGCCACCGAUAGAAGCACCCUCGCAGGAAGUGCAGGACAAGAUAGCCUUUCUGAUCAACAACAUCUCAACAUCAAAUAUAGAGCCGAAGUCCAAAGAGCUGCUGGAGCUGCUGAAAGAGUCCAACCACCCGUGGUUUGCUCAGUACAUGGUAAUGCGGAGAGCUAGCAUCGAGCCCAACUUCCACGAGCUGUAUCUAGCUUUUCUGGACAAGAUCAACGACAAGAGCCUGCAGAAGGAAGUGGUGAAGGCGACAUACGAGAACUGCAAGGUUCUCCUGCGCUCAGAAUUGAUCAAGACCAGCUCGGAGGAGCGCUCUUUGUUGAAGAAUCUGGGGAGCUGGCUCGGCAAGUUGACGAUUGGGCGCAAUCAGCCUCUGAGAGCAAAGGAGAUCGACCCAAAGGCUUUGAUAAUCGAGGCAUACGAGAAAGGGCGCAUGAUCGCGGUUGUGCCUUUUACCUCGAAGGUCCUAGAACCCUGCCAGACCAGCAUAGCGUACCAGCCUCCGAACCCCUGGACAAUGGGCAUUUUGAGCCUGCUAGCCGAGAUCUACUCCCUCCCCGACCUGAAGAUGAACCUCAAAUUCGAUAUCGAGGUUCUCUUCAAAAACCUGCAUCUGGAGCUGAAGGAUGUGAAGCCCACGCAGCUGCUUCAAGGACGGCGUCGAGACCUUGAAGGCAACCAGGACUUCUCGAACAAGGGCCUGGCAGCUGCCAAGGCGCUAGCGGCGAUGGCAGAGCCCGCCCCAACCCCUCCGAAAACACCUCCAAAGCCCCCGACCCCUCCAACGAAGGAACAGGUCCUCAGCACCCCCCCCGAAGCCCCCAGCUCUCAGCCUUUGCCCCCCAAGCCGUCAACCCCACUCGCCCCCCCGGCGCAGCCUCUCAGCGAGGAGAGAGCCCCUGCUGAGAAGGCCGGCUCCAAUCAGGCUGCAGCCUCGACCCCCUCCCCAAGCACGUUCGCUGGUCAAGGGUCCCUGUCCAUCCCCAACUUGAGCGCCUACAUCGUCUACAACUCAAAGCUGGCCGGCCUUACGCACCAGCUUCAGUUGCCCCGGGUGGUGUCCUUAGCGAUGGAGAGGGCAAUCGUUGAGAUCAUCACGCCGGUGGUGGAUCGCAGUGUCACCAUUGCCUGCAUGACCACCAGGGAACUGGUUCUGAAGGACUAUGCCCUCGAAGCUGAGGAGAACCGGACGCACAAGGCUGCCAAUUUGAUGGUCGCGAGCUUAGCGGGGAGCUUGGCACAUGUUACAUGCAAAGAGCCUCUGCGUGUGGCGCUGGCCAGUCAUUUGCGCACCCUCCUCCAGGCGGCGGCAAAUCUGAACGCUGACAUCUUGGAGCAAGCAGUGCAACUGAUCACGAAUGACAACCUGGACCUGGCCUGCGCUGUUGUGGAGAAAGCCGCCACUGAGAAGGCGCUGCGAGAUUUGGAAGAGAGUUUGAAACCCUCCCUGAAUCUGCGGCGCAAGCAGAGAGAAGCCCUGGGGCCCACCUUCUUUGAAGCCACCCUAAUGUCCCAGACUAACCUUGCGCGCCUGCCAGAGGCGCUCAGGCCCAAGCCUGGUCGGUUGUCCACGAUGCAACAGCGGGUUUAUGAGGACUUCUCCCGCCUGCCCUGGCAGAAUCAGCAGGCUGUAAGCAGUCCCGCUCCCUCCAGCACUAGCCCUUCUCCCGGACCCAUUGCCUCUGGCCCGCGCCCGUCCUUCAGUGGUGGGCCCCCUCCUGCCGUCGCAUCACUCGCUGCUUCCCCAUUUCCGGGGCUGGGCAGUCAGCAGCCUGGCAUAGGGCUGGCGGAUGAGCUGGAGCGGAACAUCCUGGCAGCCGGGCCCCUGGAGAGCAUCAGUAAGCCGGCAGACCAGGCGUCUCCCGAAGUGGGGGCUGGAGACCUGGAGAGGGGCACAGCCGCGGGUCCUGCAGAGCCGAGUGGCCAGCUCCUGAGCCCCCAGGAAGUCCUCGAGAAGUAUCAGAUCGCUAUGGCAAAACUCGACUCCAUUGCUGUCCAGCGUCCUGAGCAGUCGUAUACGAGCCUGUCUCCCGACGAUGCCCUGGUGUCGGUCGUGAACGAGGUGCCAGCAAUCGUGUCCAAGUGUGUCAAGCGAGAAGAGGCUGCUCUGGGCAUCGCUCAGAAGGUGGUGAAGCUGCUGUAUGAGUCGGUGGGCAAGCGGCUGCAUUUCACAGCCUAUCUGGCCAUGCUCGAGGGGCUUAAGGACAUCACACCGCGCUUGACAAAAGAGCUCGCCGGCUGGGUCAGGUUUGCGGAUGAUGAGCGGAAGCUCAACAAGGAGGUGAUCUCGGGACUGCUCCAAUCUGAGCUGCUGCACACCGCGGACUACAAUCUGCACCUGACGGAGCUCAUGGAUGGAGGGCGGAAUGCGGCUGCGACUGAUUUUGCCAUCUACCUGGUCAAGACGCUGGUGGUCCAAGAUCCCUCAGUGGAUGCCACGGAGCUCUAUAGCAUCAUCGACGCCCUGGCGAAGAUUGCUCAGCGUGCUGGUGCCCCCCCGGAGCUGCAGCAGCUAGUAGAUCGAGCGCGCUCUCCAGCUGCUUCUGCUGCUGCGGCUGCUGCAAGGGAGGAGAGGCGCAAGGCAGUAAGGGAGAAGAAGGUGGGCGAGCUUCACGCAGCUGCCAAGGAGGAGGACAAGCUGAUCUCUCGGGAGCCUGUGACGGCCGAUCCUCCCGGUCUUCGAGAACAGGUGGCGGGCCUUUUCGAUGAGUGGGUGCGAGCAUGUGAAGCAUCUGGCACGCCAGAGAAGGCGUAUCCCGCUUACUUCCAGCUCCUCCAACAAGCCGGCGUGCUCAAGAACGACGAGACUUGCGAACGAUUCUUCCGGAUACUUACGGAGCUGGCUGUGGGCCACAGCUUGGGGACCGAAGCGUCGUCCCCCUCCGGCGUGUCCUUCACUGCCAUCGACCUCUAUGCCAAGCUGCCACUCAUGCUGAUCAAGUAUUACCCGGACCCUGCCAGUGGUACCUUUGGCGUUCACUUCAACCUGCUCCAGAAGGUGCUGGCGGUGACAGUGAGGAUUAUCCAGCGUGAUGCUGCCGACAAGGCUGCGGCGUUCAACGCCCGCCCCUACUUCCGCCUGCUCGUCACCUGGCUCAUGGACCUCAACGUGCUGGACGCGGGCGGCAUGGACACCAACAACCUGCAGGUCCUGAGUGCGUUCGGCAGUGCCCUCCUGUCGCUGCAGCCGCUGCGCGUGCCGAGCUUCAGCUUUGCGUGGCUGGAGCUGAUGAGCCACCGCAUGCUCAUGCCCAAGCUGCUGCUGGUCACGGCCCCUAAGGGCUGGCCGCUCUUCCAGCGCCUGCUCCUCGCGCUCUUCGCCUUCAUGGAGCCCUACCUGGGAAACGCCGAGCUCACAGACUCGGUUCGUCUGCUGUACAAGGGCACUCUGCGCGUCCUGCUGGUCCUGCUGCACGACUUCCCCGAGUUCCUGUGCGACCACCACUUCAGCUUCUGCAACGUCAUCCCGGCCAGCUGCAUCCAGAUGCGGAACCUCAUCCUCAGCGCCUUCCCCCGCAACAUGCGCCUGCCCGACCCCUUCACUCCAAACCUCAAGGUGGACUUGUUGCCUGAGAUCAGUCAGGCGCCGCGCAUCCUGUCCGAUGUCGAGGUGGCGUUCCGGGGGAAGCCUCUGAAGCAGGAGGUGGACGAGUAUCUCAAAAAUCGGCAGCCGCAGUCGUUCCUGAACGACCUUGCGCACAAGCUGCUGGCCAGCCCGCAAGAAGCUGCCCUGCGAGGGACGCGCUACAACGUGCCGCUCAUCAACUGCCUGGUCCUCUAUGUCGGGAUGCAGGCGCUGCAGCAGCUGCAGAGUAAGGCGCCCCAGCAGCUCGCGGUUCCUACGGCGCCCAUCACCCACAGUGCGCCCAUGGACAUCUUCCAGCGGCUGGUGGUGGAGCUGGACACCGAGGGCCGCUACCUCUUCCUGAACGCCAUCGCCAACCAGCUGCGGUACCCCAACAACCACACCCACUAUUUCUCGUGCGUUCUGCUCUACCUCUUCGCCGAGGCCACGCAGGAGGUCGUGCAGGAGCAGAUCACGCGGGUCCUCUUAGAGAGGCUCAUCGUGAACAGGCCUCACCCCUGGGGGUUGCUCAUCACCUUCAUUGAGCUCAUCAAGAACCCGAGAUACAAUUUCUGGAGCCACUCGUUCUGCCGCUGUGCACCAGAGAUUGAGAAGCUGUUUGAGAGCGUAGCGCGCUCCUGCAGUGCGCACGUUGACACGCCUGGAGCUUUGCCAGCAAACGAGCAGAUCAAGGUCUAGAACUUAGAAAGCCUUUAUCAGGAGUGUUUGCAUGUUGUACAUAACUCUUGACUGGUGAAGUAGGUACGCUGAGCAAAAGCUCGCUUAAACAACUGAUCUCUUGUACUUGCAUGGCGCAUGUCAUUGGUCUGUGUCAUAAUCCCCCGUGUCAA